AUGCGAACACGUUCUCAGGCUCGUAAGGAAGCAUUGGUUAAGGAAAAAACGAUAGAGAUUGAUACGAUGGUUGAUCAACCACCAGCUGUGAAUAUUACUAAGGCUCUGAAGGCUUUCUCUGAGCCUAAAAUCAAUGACAUUCAAUCGAGCAUUGUCAGGCCAGCAAUUCAGGCCAACACUUUCGAGAUCAAACCGAGCACUAUUCAGAUGGUGCAGAACUCAGUACAGUUUGGAGGUUCUCCGACUGAGGAUCCUAAUACUCAUAUUCGGGACUUCAUUGAGAUCUGCGACACUUUCAAGUUCAAUGGUGUUACGGACGAUGCCAUCAGAUUGAGGGGGAUAGUUGAAGAUGUGUUGGUAAAGGUAGAUAAACUAAUCUUCCCUGCUGAUUUUGUCAUCCUAGACUUCGAGGAAGAUAAGAAGAUUCCCAUCAUCUUGGGGAGACCUUUCCUUGCGACAGGGCGGACUUUGAUUGAUGUUCAGAAGGGUGAACUCACAAUGAGAGUUCAAGAUCAGAUGGUCACUUUCAACGUGUUCAAUGCCAUAAAACUUCCAUCAGAUGAGGAGGAAUGCUUUAAAGUGGAUGUACUCGAAGUUGCAGCUCAUUCGGAAAUUGACAACAGGCUGAAAACUGACAUCUUGGAAAGGGUGUUAUCAGGUGACUCUGAAUUCGGAGAUGAGGAGGAAGAAGAACACCUCCAAUACUUGAAUGCUUCUCCUUGGAGAAGAAGGAUGGAACCUCCAAUUGAAUCUCUCGGGUUAUCGGAAUUGAAGGAUUCUCAUGAACGACUGAAACCCUCUAUUGUUGAAGCUCCUAAACUUGAGCUUAAACAACUUCCCGAACACCUAAGGUAUGCCUUUCUUGGCGAAGCUUCUACAUUACCUGUAAUUAUUGCAUCUAACCUUUCAAAUAGUUCUUGGGUGAGCCCUGUUCAAUGUGUGCCUAAGAAAGGAGGCAUGACCGUGGUAGCUAAUGAGAAGAAUGAGCUCAUUCCGACGCGAACAGUCACAGGUUGGAGAACAUGCAUGGAUUAUCGGAAGCUCAAUAAAGCCACCAGAAAAGAUCACUUUCCGUUGCCUUUCAUUGAUCAGAUGCUUGAUAGGUUAGCCGGUCACGAGUACUAUUGUCUUCUUGAUGGGUAUUCAGGGUACAAUCAAAUUUGUAUCGCACCAGAGGAUCAGGAGAAGACCACUUUUACUUGCCCGUUUGGCACAUUUGCUUUUCGUCGUCUUUCUUUUGGACUUUGUGGUGCACCAGCAACUUUUCAGAGAUGCAUGAUGGCUAUUUUCUCCGAGAUGAUCGGUACCAAUGUUGAGGUGUUCAUGGAUGACUUUUCUGUAUUCGAAGGCAUAAUUCUUGGGCAUAAAGUUUCGAACAAAGGGCUUGAGGUAGACAAAGCUAAGGUGGGGACAAUUGAAAAUCUUCCUCCACCAAUCUCAGUAAAGGGGAUUCGGAGUUUUCUUGGUCACGCGGGGUUCUAUCGACGGUUCAUCAAGGAUUUCUCUAAAAUCACCAAACCCUUGUGCAACUUGUUAGAGAAGGAUGUGACCUUCAAAUUUGAUGGAGAGUGCUUGGCUGCGUUUGAAACUCUCAAGAAGAAAUUAACCACAGCACCUGUUAUUACUGCACCUGAUUGGAAUGAGCCUUUCGAGAUGAUGUGUGAUGCUAGUGACUAUGCGGUGGGAGCUGUGCUUGGUCAGAGAAAGACUAACAUCUUUCAUGUGAUUUACUAUGCUAGUAAGACUCUCAAUGGUGCUCAGCUGAAUUACACUACCACGGAGAAGGAACUACUAGCUAUUGUUUAUGGAUUCGAGAAAUUCAGAUCUUAUUUGCUUGGGACAAAGGUGUUUGUUUACACUGAUCAUGCUGCUAUUCGGUAUCUGGUAUCGAAGAAAGACUCGAAACCUCGUUUGAUUCGAUGGGUUCUUUUGCUUCAGGAAUUCGAGUUGGAGAUCAAGGAUAGAAAGGGAACUGAAAAUCAGGUGGCUGAUCAUCUUUCUCGGUUGGAAGACCAAGCACGAGCAUCCAAAGACACCACCUUGAUCAAUGAGUCUUUUCCAGAUGAACAAUUAUUUGGGAAAAAGUUCCUGCAUGAGGCAAAGUGGUAUCGUUGGGAUGAGCCAUUCUUGUUUCGUCAAGGUUCCGAUCAAAUUAUCAGAAGGUGUAUUCCAUACAGUGAGAUUGAAGGGAUCUGGCAAGCUUACCACGACUCUACUUAUGGAGGACACUAUGGAGGACAGAAGACAGCUGCUCGUAUCCUGCAGGCAGGUUUCUUUUGGCCUACGCUCUUUAAGGACGCUCAUCAGUUUGUGUUGAAGUGUGAUCGUUGUCAAAGGGUUGGUAAUAUCUCUAGAAGGGACGAAAUGCCUCUCAAUGUACUCCUUGAGGUUGAAAUCUUUGAUGUGUUGGGGAUUGACUUCAUGGGACCCUUUAUCUCAUCUUGCAAUAAUCUCUACAUUCUUCUUGCUGUGGAUUACGUGUCUAAGUGGGUUGAAGUCAGGGCUUUACCAACCAACACAGCUGCAGUAGUCAUCAUUCACGACGCUGAUGGAACGGUUUGGUAUAAUCAUAGAGUUGCCACUGCUUAUCAUCCUCAAACAAAUGGGGAAGCUGAGGUAUCCAAUCGUGAAAUUAAGCGAAUCUUAGAGAAAGUUGUGAGUCCUUCGAGGAAAGAUUGGGCGUUAAAGCUUGAUGAGGCCGUCUGGGCCUAUAGAACGGCUUAUAAGACUCCAUUGGGGAUGUCACCUUUUCAGUUGGUUUAUGGAAAAGCAUGUCAUUUGCCUGCAGAGUUAGAGCAUAAAGCAUAUUGGGCUUUGAAGAAAUUAAACUUUGAUAUGACAGCUGCUGGUGAGAAGAGAAUGCUUCAGAUUAAUGAACUCGACGAGUUCAGGCUUCAGGCGUAUGAGAACAACAAGCUUUACAAGGAAAAAGUCAAGAGAUGGCAUGAUAGGAAGUUGGUGCAAAAGGAGUUCUUCAUUGGCCAACAAGUGUUGCUGUUUAAUUCUCGUCUCAGACUGUUUCCUGGGAAGUUGAAAUCUAGAUGGUCGGGUCCUUUCACAGUAAAGACGGUGUUUCCACAUGGUGCCAUAGAAAUUUAUGAAACAACACCGGAGCAAUCAUUUAAAGUGAAUGGACAAAGAGUGAAGCCAUAUUUCGGAGGACCGGUGAAUCGCGAGUCGGUAAGCACCAUCCUCACUAUUGUCUAA